AUGGUGCUGGCAUCCACGCAAGAGACUAUUGGAAUCAGACACCGUUACAUUCUGCCGCUAAGAAUGGACCAAAACGGAGAGAUGCCACUACAUUUUGCGGCAUCGUUUUAUACCAUUAUCGUUGACAGCAGGGGCUGGUUACCUUUGCACUUAGCAGCAAUACCACCACUAUUCGACGUCCGUGCUGCCGAGAUUUUGAUUGAAAAUGGGAGUGAUAUUACGGCACUUGACAACGAUGGAAGAAGUGUCCUUCAUCUGGUAUUGAAAAACAGAAGGAUACAGUUGGGUGAAUCUCUGAUUCAUCGAGGGUGCAACGUUAACGGAAGAGAUCCUGACGGAGAAACAAUGAUUGGAGAAUUGCGCAGAGCGCGUGGCUGUGCUUCUGGGAACAUUCUUCAGUUUUAUCUUGAUAAUGGAGGUGACAAGCACGCUGUCGAUGUACAUGGUAGCACCGUCCUUCAUUUUGCUGCAGCAAAUGGAUGUGAUCCAGCACUGCUGGGCUAUCGCUUAAAACAAGGAUUAGAGAUCGAGGCAGGAGACAAGAAUGGAGAAAUACCUCUGCACAGUGCAGCAGCAAAGGCAAAUUAG